GGAGGUAUGGAGAGGAGGAGUCAGCUGGGAGAAGGCGAGGGCAAGGCCGUCGACGUUGCCAUGGGUGUGCCGCGGCAGGAGCAGAAGCAGCUGGAGUGCUUCUCUGACGAGGUGAACAGCCGUGAGGAGGCUGGGGUGAAGGAGACGAGGGGGGAGGCGGCGGGGGCUGAGGUUUCGGGAGCUGGCCGGUGGGGCGGCGGUGGCGGUGGUGAGGGUGUUGCGAAGGCGGCGGUGGCUAAGAGGAGGAGGGGGCGGCCGCCGGGGUCGAAGAAUAAGCCGAAGCCGCCGGUGCUCGUUACGCGGGAGGCGCCGGAGCCCGCGGCGGCGAUGCGGCCGCACGUGCUGGAGAUCCCGGGGGGCGGGGACGUCGCCGGCGCGCUCGCGGGCUUCGCGCGCCGCCGCGGACUCGGGAUCUGCGUGCUGGCCGGGACGGGCGCCGUCGCCAACGUCUCGCUCCGCCACCCGCUGCCCCCCACCGCGGAGAUCAGCGGCGCCGCGGCGGCCGCCGUGGUCGUCUUCCACGGCCGGUACGACAUCCUCUCCAUCUCGGCCACGUUCCUUCCACCCGCCAUGUCCGCGGCGGCGCCACGCGCGCUCGGCGGCCUCUCGAUAUCGCUCGCCGGGCCCCACGGCCAGAUCGUCGGAGGCGCCGUGGCAGGCCCGCUCGUCGCCGCCACCACCGUCGUGGUCGUCGCCGCCGCGUUCACCAGCCCAACGUUCCACCGCCUCCCCGCGGAAGACGACGACGCGCCAGCGCCAGCGUCCGUCUCCGGCAGCGGCGCCGACGCUGACGAACACCGGAGGCGCCAAACGGAUCCCCAGGAGCACCACCAUCACUUGACGCCGCUUCAUCCGCGCAGCAUAGCUCCCGCGACGACGACGCAGCCUGUGUACGCGUCGCCGUCGGCGCGCCAGCAUGGAGAGGCGUGGACGCCGGCGGCGGCAAGCCCACGGCCGCCGUACCAAUAGCUCGAGCCUCGAGGCGGUGCUUGCGUGACAUGCAUGGUCAAGGCAAUGGCAAUCCCUGUGAUCUUCUUGCAGAGUUGCACGGAAGUAUCGAAUUAUCUACUAAUUAGUUUGAUGUUUGGUAGCUAGCUAUAGUCAUUAGGGUUUAACUUUGUUUACCUCAGUUCUUUGGCAGGACACAGGAUAUUGAAAUGUGUUAUCUUGUUUUGGGCUGCUUGCACGGCUUAAAACUAAUCCAGAUAUGAUCUUGCAUUCUAAUUCAGUUUAUGGGUUUUCUCGGCCAA